AUGGCUGUUGACCGGGAAAGAUAUCGACCGAUAAUCAAGAUUCAAGAUGCCAAGCAUCACCAGGGCUUUCCCAAUGUCAUAUACGAGGCUGUAUUUCAGGAAGUGUUCGAGUUCAACCUGAGCACCGGCAUCACUGACGAGUUACUCACCGACAUAGCGCAGAGCUUCCACUUAGGCAAGGUCUCGAAGGAGAGCUUGAGAGAAGUCAUCCAACGCCUUUUCAGCAUAUUUCGGAAGAAUGAAGCGCUCAGUCUGGAAACAGAUCUUUUGUUUCUCAAGAACGGAAAGUUUAUGUGCAACAAUUCGGAUUUCUUCUUUGACGACGCAGCACGGGGGCGACAGCAAAAGCUUUUUUCUCUGAGGGAUAAGGGACAGGAGAUCCCAGAGGAAGUGCGAGCUGAAAAACAUGGGCUGGUGUAUGUUCAUAUGGAUGGAAAUAUUGGAAAUGUGGUUAAUGGUGCUGGACUUGCGAUGGCGACGAAUGAUGCGAUUAGUCUGUAUGGUGGUUCGAGUGCCAACUUUCUUGAUGCUGGGGGUCAAGCUACAAAGGAGACGAUGCUGCAGGCUUUCAAGAUCAUCAUGUCUGAUAAAAGAGUCAAGGCGAUUCUGGUCAACAUCUACGGCGGAAUCACUAGAUGCGAUAUGAUUGCAGAGUCCAUCAUCGCAGCAGCAAGCGAGCUGGGCCCCUUGAAAGUUCCUAUGAUGGUCAGGUUGCAGGGAACCAACUCGGAGGCUGGACUCCAGAUGCUCAAAGAUGCGACCUUGGACAUUCACGUUGAGGCAGAUUUUGGGAAAGCGGCUCAGGAAAGCAGUUAG